AUGAUUUUCUUGUAUCAAAUGGUACAUUUCAUUUUAUUUACUUCAGUCUCUGGUGAAUGUGUGACUCGGUUGUUCAAGGACAUCCACUUUGAAGGAGGGGACAUUGCUACGGUUUUCACACCAAGCGCCAAGCACUGCCAAGUGGUCUGCACUCACCACCCACGAUGUCUGCUCUUCACUUUCACGGUGGAAUCUGCAUCUGAGGAUCCUACCCAGUGGUUUACUUGUGUCCUGAAGGACAGUGUUACAGAAACACUGCCAAGAGUGAAUAGGACAGGAGCGAUUUCUGGGUAUUCUUUCAAGCAAUGCUCACACCAAAUAAGCGCUUGCAACAAAGACAUUUAUGUGGACCUAGACAUGAAGGGCAUAAACUAUAACAGCUCACUUGCCAAGAGUGCUCAAGAAUGCCAAGAAAGAUGCACGGAUGACGUCCACUGCCACUUUUUCACGUACGCCACAAGGCAGUUUCCCAGUCUGGAGCAUCGUAACAUUUGUCUACUGAAGCACACCCGAAUGGGGACACCAACCAGAAUAACGAAGCUUGAUAAAGUGGUGUCUGGAUUUUCACUGAAAUCUUGUGCACUUUCUAAUCUGGCUUGUAUUAGGGACGUUUUCCCCAAUACAGUGUUUGCAGACAGCAACAUCGAUAGUGUCAUGGCUCCAGAUGCCUUUGUCUGUCGCCGAAUCUGCACUCAUCAUCCCGGUUGCUUGUUUUUUACCUUCUUUUCCCAGGAAUGGCCCAAAGAAUCUCAAAGAAAUCUUUGUCUCCUUAAAACAUCUGGUGGAUUACCCAGUACACGCAUUAAAAGAGACAAAGCUCUUUCUGGUUUCAGUCCCAAAGCUGGGCACAGCAUCCCAGUGUUCUGCCAUUCUUCAUUUUACCAUGACACUGAUUUCCUGGGAGAAGAACUGGAUAUUGUUGCUGUGAGAGGUCACGAGGCCUGCCAGAAACUGUGCACCAAUGCCGUCCGCUGCCAGUUUUUUACCUAUGUCCCAGCUCACGCAUCUUGCCACGAAGGGAAGGGCAAAUGUUACUUAAAGCUUUCUUCAAAUGGAUCUCCAACUAAAAUACUUCACGGGAGAGGAGGCAUCUCUGGAUACACAUUAAGGCUGUGUAAAAUGGAUAAUGAGUGUACCACUAAAAUCAAGCCCAGGAUCGUUGGAGGAACUGCAUCUGUUCGUGGUGAGUGGCCAUGGCAGGUGACUCUGCACACCACCUCACCCACUCAGAGACACCUGUGUGGAGGCUCCAUCAUUGGAAACCAGUGGAUAUUAACGGCCGCUCACUGUUUCUAUGGGGUAGAGUCACCUAAGAUUUUGCGUGUCUACAUUGGCAUUUUAAAUCAAUCUGAAAUAAAAGAGGAUACAUCUUUCUUUGGGGUUCAAGAAAUAAUAAUCCAUGAUCAAUAUAAAAUGGCAGAAAGUGGGUAUGAUAUUGCCUUGUUGAAACUGGAAACCACAGUGAAUUACACAGAUUCUCAACGACCCAUAUGCCUGCCCUCAAAAGGAGAUAGAAAUGUGAUAUACACUGACUGCUGGGUGACUGGAUGGGGGUACAGAAAAUUAAGAGACAAAAUACAGAAUACUCUCCAGAAAGCCAAGAUACCCUUAGUGACCAAUGAAGAGUGCCAGAAGAGAUACAGAGGACAUAAAAUAACCCAUAAGAUGAUCUGCGCCGGCUACAGGGAAGGAGGAAAGGAUGCUUGCAAGGGAGAUUCGGGAGGCCCUCUGUCCUGCAAACACAACGAGGUCUGGCAUCUGGUGGGCAUCACGAGCUGGGGCGAAGGCUGUGCUCAAAGGGAACGGCCAGGCGUUUACACCAACGUGGUCGAGUACGUGGACUGGAUUCUGGAGAACACUCAAGCAGCGUGAACGGGUUCCCAGGGGCCACUGGAGACCCUGAAGGACAGAGGAUUUGCUGGGAGAGGGUGUUGAGUUCAUUGUGCCAGCAUGCUUCCUCCACAGUAACACGCUGAAGGGGCUUGGUGCUGGUAGGAAAAUGCCAGAAGAAAAC